GUUACAAGAUAAACAGCUGAGAGGACAACAACAUUUCUAUAAUUUCCUCACAUAAACAUGGCCAGUGUACUUCUACGGGCAUGUGCGAUGCCGUUUGGCUUUACCAGUGACAUGAUAGACAGUGACUUUACCUAUGAGGGCGAGUGCAUUUUCACAGAUGAGAUGAAUUGGCGCACCAUCCAGAGAUCUAGAGGGUUGGCGCCGCUGCCAGAUGUGAUCCUCAGCAACACUCCUCCUCCGUCACCGCUACGUCGAGCACACUCCUACCUCUCUUUCUUCCCUGAGAAAACCAUCCAUACCUUAUCUACGUCCAACCUCGCCCUUGACACGCCCCCACCCACGCCCACGCCGGAGGCCUGCAGGAGCACCCGCACCCGCGCCGCCUCCUUCGGUAACCUCGUGAAUUGGGAAGAAAAUCUCAAAGUGGGACUGAAACACAUUCGGGAGGUCCGUCGCAGACUUCACAGUGAGCAUCCCCAACAUAACCCCCAACACUCCCUCCCCCAGCUCUCCUGGCCACUGCCGCGCCCCCACCGAUGCCCCAACACCCCACACCACCGCCCUAACAUCCCGCCCCACCACCCCAACCACUUCUACUACUCUCAGGGACAGGGAGAGAGCACUCAGGGAGAAAGGGAGGAAGAAGAUCGCUGCAGGAAGGCAGGAAGAGAACUUCGCAAGAUUGCUGAUAAUUUUCAACUUAACUCUGCAAAGGUUGCGACCAAGAGAAGUAAUGAUGCUUCCUUCAACCUGGCAGUACCAACAGCACUCACCAAAUGUAUCACCGCCUCCUUGCUCUGCCUCAUCUGGUGGCGACUCGUCAACAGGCUACGCUGAUCGAUAUCUAGGCAACAACUUCUUUAAUUCUCUUUUAGGAUGAUGGGGAUUUAGAAUAGCAUGCUUCGUGCAUUAAUUACUGGUAACAUGUGGGCAUUUUUUUUCAAUGUCUACUGUUCUGUUACCACUUGGACUGUGGCACUGCGGGGAGGUCAACGUGGUGUUUUUGUGUACCUCUCUGGCCACGUGUUGUUGUAGGCCGUGGAGGUGAUGGCUCCCGGCGUGUGGGUCACCUCCUCGGCAAAGACAAGAUAAGGAUCUGCCUUUAGUGAUGGUUUUGGGAUCCUGCUCAUUCCCUCUGGUCAACCAUUAGAUUUACGAAAAUAAAAUCCUGAACAACUGUUGUUCACUGUAGGCUUAAGAUGUGUUGCCAUUGUUAUUAUAAGGAAAAGUCCCCAAAGAGAUGCCUCUACGAGGCAGUAUCUUAGUGAAAUAACCGCAAGCUUUGUAAAUUGGGUGCAUCAAAGUAUAGGGAUUGAUCAUUAAGUGAUAUACACGAUCGGUUUUGUGACUAAAUAUGUCUCCGUAAUUAGUUCAUAUUGUGGCCUUGGGCCUAAGUGAAUUAAUUUGCAUCUUACUGUAUCAUUACACACAUCCCUUAGGUUUAACUACACAAGACCUGAUUGUGUCACUUUUCAGCACUUGAAAGUUCAAAAAAUUAAUUGUGUAGAUUUUUCAGAAUGUUUGUAAUAAUUCCUAUAAAUAAAGUUUUAAGUAACAAGGCUUCAGGAUUGCUACAUUUGGCUCACUGCCCAAUGUCUUUCACUAUGAAGUAAUGUAUUCAGCAAUGAAUAUUCAAUUAUUGUAAACUUUGAUCGAUGUGUGAAUAGGAAAAACUGCGUACUCCACUAUCUCACAACAUUCCAAAGAUUAGCAAGUUCUAAUAAAACUGUGUAAUUAAUUACUGAUUUUGAAUAUAAUUUCUUGCUUCAGCCUCACUAUUUAUUAAAGGUUUAUACUACUGAAGCAAAGCCUAACAAUCCCUGAUUAAAACUACAAUAAACAGUAGUCAUCAUUACGUGUUGUGAAGCUUAACGGACUGGGUUAGGAGGGGGAAUUACUGAAGGAUUUCCUGACAGCCUAAGAGGGGAACUACAAUGUUCCGAUUAACUAACACUUAUGACAUUAACAAACGACUGAUCUCACUUGCCGCUAGUAUUGAACGCUCAGCGCUAGACUACCGUGUCUUUCAGGAGAGGCACAAUGCCCUCUCUCUCAACUUCACAGGGAGUAGAUGCCUACUUCCUGCUUACUUUAAGGUCUUUCAGGGGCGUUGGGUGCUUCCUUCAUGCUUUAGGUCUUUCAGGAGAAGCAUAUUCUUUUCCAGUCCUUGAAAUUAGUCUUUCAAUGGAAGCACUCUUCUCCCCACUCUUAAAUUUAAGGCUUUUCAGGGAAGGGCUACACAUCCCACAAAAGAUUUUUGAAAUGGGAAACGCCUGCUCCCAUUAGUCUGUAAGGUUUGACGCUAAAGGCAAAGUUUUUAAAACGCUUUAUUAAUGAACUGGCAAGUAACCCAAGCUUUGAUCAUUGAAUUUCUAAUUUAAAAGUUACAUAAAUGUAAAAAAAAGUCUUUUCACAACAAAUAAGUAUUUCAUAUGAAGAUAAAGGAAUUUUUUAAGGUGUCAGGGUUAUGUACACCGUGAGUUGCGUAUCUUUCAGUAUUUAUGUACUGAGAGUUUUCUUUGAUAGUUAAAUGGGUUUAAAGCCUAUCGACUACAUGAGGCUAUGGAUUAACGUAAACUCAAGUGUAUAAACAGACAUAACACACACACACACACACACCUUGAUAUAUUGAUCUAAUUUAGAGAUUAAAGUAUCCUUGACUGAUGUUAAGGCAACAUGUAGCCUUAAUGACCCUCGUGUAAUUGAUUGGCUUUAAACCCAUUAAAACAACCAAUGUUGAGGUGUCAUAAAAGAUUUUCACAUUGAAUAUUAUGUAGUGUAAGUGCGCGUUCUCUCAGGACUUAAGUAAAAAAAAUUUGCCUUUGGUGUUCGCGUGUGUACAUUGGAAUAAGCUGUUGUGGUGCUGCAAGUAAUAUAAAAAGGCAUUGUUCUGUUUUUGGAUACGGUUUGGCAAUUUUAAUAAAAAAAUAGAACACACUCAGGCUAGCAAAUAAGUACUUUAAACAAUGUCAAUUAUGGAAAAUGAAUACUUUUGUUUAGGAAUUAAUAUAAAGGCACUGAGUACAGUAAUGUCGUCACUUUGAAAGCAAGAGAGAGUGUUCUUUUCAUUUAGAGAUUGCCGAGCCUGUGUCCGCGAUCAUCAAAGCUAAGAGAAGUGAUAAAUUUAGCAUUUAGUGUUGCAAACCAAACAUCCGUCGCGGCCCUAUGUAUGGCCUUACUGAUGUGGUGGAAUCACUCCGUAAAUGCAAGCCUAACUUAGGAAAACUGAGCCAAGGUUGCGUUUAUCUGUACUUAAGCUGAAGUGAGUCUGCAUGACAAGCCUAACCAAAUGAGUUUACUUACAUAAAUACAAGAAAUAUUUUUUUUAUAUAAAAUUAUUAUCAUCUAUAUUUUGAUCUUUUUUCGAAACAAUGUCAAGGUUUCAGUCAUGCAGAUGAUGUUGGUAAAAUAUAUUUUAUUUCAAAAUUUGCAAAUUAUAUACACCCUCUUCUAAUAACUACAUACAACCUCUAAUAAUAAGAGUAUAAUUAGACUUCUAAGUAAUAAGUAUAAGUUAACAUACACUAUGGCAACAUUAUACAGCUUAAGUCAACUUUAUUAUGCCGAGGUUAUGUAUAAUUUUAUCCUUCGCAGUAAUAUGUUAAUGACACCAAAAACAGCAUAAUGAUUCUUCAGUUAUCAGUUUUACUGCAGGGUUAACACAUCAAGCACUCUUUAUUUUCUAGUCAAUGUCUUCAUGAGCAGGUUAAGAGUUUUCAUGAGCAGAUUAAGAGUUAAGAAUUACGUAAACAGUUUGCUUUGUUUUUACCAGUUAAGAACGCUUUUAAUUCAAAAUAUAGAUAAUAGUAAACCAAAGAUACGUAGACAGAGCAAGUCUUUAUUAAAUUUAAGUUUCGCUCAGCGAGUGCUUCAUAAAGCUCCUGGAUAAAGCUCACACUGUGCAAAACGUCGCGUUAGUGCAGUCUUUCUAUCUACGUUUCUUUCUUAUACUACUUGUCGACUUACUGCCUAUAUUUCACAAAUAAACAAUAAUAAUGUAAACUCAGUGUCUGAACACUGGAAAACACUUCUCGUAAGUUUCUGCAUUCUGCUCAUGUGCAUCAAAUUGUAUAUCUUAAUUACAGGUAUAUUUAAGACAUUCAUCUAUUACAGGCUAUAUGAAUGUUUUUUUUUUUUUACCUAUUACAGUCCCUUACGGUCAGAUAUUAUAUUACUGAUAAGUUAAUAUUAUAUUAUAUCAUUUUCUUUAUAAGUUAAUAUUAUGUUAAGGUAUCGUUUUCUUUAUAUUUGAAUCUGGAUUUGACUUCGUCAGUGAUUUAUUAUACCUGCUUUCAUCUCCAGCGUUAUUAUUUCUGUCACGUUUCGCGUAUUUCUCAUGAAUGAUAUUUAUCUUGUAAAUUUUUUUACUCUUAAAACAAAUAUUGUUUCCUUCCAGUGCCAUAUUUUUCUACUCAUUCCUAUAAAUGAUUUGGGCAUUGAAACCAUUAUUUUUUCGUUUUUGUAGAAUAUUAUUGUUUGCAUAUUUGUGUGUGUAUAAGGUGAAAUUUACAUAAAUUUGUAUCAGUCUUUGGAUAUAAUGUUUUGCAAAAUAAAUG